AUGUCGGCCACCAGAGCUCCGGCUCAAGCUAGCAGUCUAGCGGCUGGGUUCAACAACUUCCAUCGAAUCAACCCAAAAUCAGAUCGCUUCAGGGUUAAGAGUUUUCACCAUGUCGAGUUCUGGUGCUCCGACGCCACCAGCACCGCUCGCAGCUUCUCAUGGGCUCUCGGUAUGCCUCUUGUUGCCAAAUCUGACCUUUCCACCGGCAACCUUACCCACGCUUCUUAUGUACUCCGUUCCGGCGACCUCUCCUUCGUCUUCACUGCUCCUUACUCUCCCUCCAUCGCAGCCGCAGAGCACCUCGAACCCAGCUCCACCGCCUCUAUCCCCUCCUUUGACCGUGACUCGUGCCUCGCCUUCGUAGCCUCCCACGGUCUAGAAGUUCGGGCCAUUGCACUUGAAGUCGAGGAUGCAAAAGUUGCAUUCAACACUAGCGUCGUCCAUGGCGCCAAGCCGACGGCCUCCCCUGUUCUUCUCCAUAACCGAGUCAUUUUCGCCGAAGUUCUCCUCUUCGGGGACGUCAUGUUGCGAUACAUCAGCUACAACGAUCCCUUUCAUGCGUCCAACCCUAACCCCAGCUAUUGGUUCCUGCCCAACUUCGAACCCGUGGAGGACCUCUCGUCCCACGCUUCACUGAAUUAUAGGAUCCGUGGGCUCGACCACGCCGUCUGUAACGUGCCGGAGCUGGCUCAGGCUGUGAAUUACGUGAAAGAAUUCACUGGUUUUCACGAGUUCGCUGAGUUCACGGCAGAGGACGUGGGUACGAACGAGAGUGGGUUGAACCAGAUAAUAUUAGCGAACAAUGACGAAACUGUUUUAAUGCCACUUUGCGAACCAGUGUUCGGGACGAAGCGGAAGAGUCAAAUACAGACAUUCUUGGAGCACAAUGAAGGAGCUGGGAUACAGCAUGUAGCUCUGGGGAGCGAAGACAUAUUCAGGACUUUGAAAGAAAUGAGACAGCGAAGCAAAGUAGGAGGAUUCGAGUUCAUGCCUUCGCCACCUCCAACAUAUUACAAGAAUCUGAAGAAUCGAGCUGGUGAUGUACUGACGGAUGAGCAGAUUCAGCAGUGUGAGGAGCUGGGAAUUCUAGUGGACAGAGAUGAUCAAGGAACUUUGCUUCAAAUUUUCACCAAGCCUGUUGGAGACAGGCCAACCAUGUUCGUGGAGAUAAUACAGAGAAUAGGGUGCAAGGUGAAAGAUGAGGAAGGGAAGGUAUAUCAGAAGGGUGGCUGUGGAGGCUUUGGGAAAGGCAACAUCUCGGAGCUGUUCAAAUCCGUAGAAGAGUACGAGAAGCAGACGCUUGACCUUAAAAAAGUUGCAGACCCAACCUUGCUUUAAAAAUCCGAUCGAUUGUGAUUGUACAAGAUACAUAUGAAGCCCUCGUAGUACAAUACUAUACUCUGCGUCAGUUAAAUUUACAUUAAUUCUCGCGAAGUAAAGUAAAAGUGAGUGUAGUGAUAAUGACU